CGUUUCCCUCUUCGGAACCCUCUCAAGGAAAGAAAGCCAGCUUAUUACGCCGGAAUCUCUUGAAAUCCUGGAUUCAUAUUCAGAAAAGAAGCGGGCUUCCUAUUUCAGAAACCUAGCUUAUUCCUGCAAGAAACCCUCCUCUUGAAAUCGCUAGAUUUUCAUUUUCCGAACCCAAUGCACCGUCCAUCUGGUGGGCCGUACUCUCGAUCGGUCACAGUUCAAGAGAGCUCAAAGGUUGGCCAAUGACCCACAUCCAAUUGGGAAAAAAUCCACCGGUGGUGAGGAUAAGAUUUUUGAACGCAACCCAUUUAUGAUGAGGCCUACCAGAUGGGGAUUUCACAGGUUCACUGUUAGAUAAAGCUUUCUCCCUGUGACUUUUUCAGGCUUGAGGUUGGAACGUGAUUUCAUUGGCUUUUAUUCUGUGUGAGUCCGUAGGUUGUGCAGAUUUUUGUUGUUGGUUGUUGCCAAAAGGAUUCUAGAGAAUGUCCACUGUAGAAGGUUUGAAGUAUAAGCUCAAGAAAAAGCUGAAACUUGCAGUUGCUGGGGCAAAAGGUGCUAAGAAUGAUGUUAAAUCCGUAGAUAGAAGGAAGCGGGAGAGCAGAGGAAGUGAGAAAGAGCAAAUUGGUAAGUAUAAGAUGGAUGGUGUUUGUCCUGGUCAGGAGAUGUACAAGAGAGAGAAUGGUCAAAAGAGGAGUGUGAAAGAUAAAGGUUUUCAAUUUGAUCAGGAAGGGUCCAAGAGGGAUGUUGGUGGAAAGAGACGGUUUGAGUUGGAAAAUUCUUAUGAGAAAAGAAAGAGGUCUUUGGCUAACCGAAAUAUUAGGGAGAAAAGAGAAUAUUAUGAUGUUGAGGUAUCCAAUAGAAGAUCUUCUUCCAUGGAGGGCAGAUAUUCAUAUAAAGGUGAUUCCAUCAAAGAGAAAAGAAGUAGGGAAGCCAAACCUUGUGAGGCAGCUAGAUCUGGCAGAAAACCCUAUUCUACAAAGGAAAGAAAGUCCAAGGAAGCUUACUCUGAUACAGAGAAAAGUAGGACCAUUUGUAAUGGUAGAAAGAAUGCAAUUCGUGAUAGUGAGGUAGAGCUAUCCAACAGAAAACCCUUUUCUAUCAAGGGAAGGAAGUUGCAUGAAGAUGAUUCUGUUAAAGAUAGGAAUUCCAAUAAACAUGCAGAAGAGAGGCACAGUAGGAAUCACACUGGAUCCCUUGAUAUCUCUAGCAAGAAAAAAACAAAUCGCAAGAAAGGUUCAGACAAUGACUCUGUCUCAACAGAGAAUGUACCGAGAAAAAUGAAAAGAGUCAUGCGCAUUGAUCCACAUGACGUCUCGAAUAAGCGAAUAGAUGAUAGUAUUUCUACCAAUGAGAAAAUCGUAGAGGAAAAGGUUGAGCUUUCAAAGAAUGCACAAUUUCGUGCAAUACAGCCAAGCCCCGCCAUCCUUUCAUUUGUUGAAGAUAAUUUAUUGGGUCGCAGACGUCUGAUUGAAUUGCGGAGGGCAGGCUACAACAUUGAGCUCUCUGCUCCUCUAGAUAAUAUUCCCUUCUCAACUAGUCCAGAAAGAGAGCGGAUUGAAGAAAAUGUAUUUAGGAACAAAUUGACAUUUUUUGCUGCUGCAAAGGUUUCAUCAUCAUUCCCCCCUGCUGAUCUUCCAGAGAUAGCAUUUGCAGGAAGGUCAAAUGUUGGAAAGUCAUCCCUUUUAAAUGCGCUUACAAGACAGUGGGGUGUGGUACGGACAUCAGAUAAGCCUGGACUUACUCAGACCAUUAAUUUCUUCAAGCUUAUGCCGAAGCUCUGCUUAGUCGAUUUACCGGGAUAUGGUUUUGCAUAUGCAAAGGAAGAGGUCAAGGAUGCUUGGGAGGAGCUUGUAAAGGAGUAUGUGUCCACACGAUCUGGCCUGAAAAGAGUAUGCCUUCUUAUUGAUACCAAGUGGGGUAUGAAGCCAAGGGAUCAAGAACUCAUUGACUUGAUGGAAAGAUCUCAAACAAAAUACCAAAUUGUAUUAACAAAGACUGAUGUGGUUUUUCCAAUAGACGUGGCCCGCCGUGCUAUGCAGAUUCAAGAGAGCCUCAGCACGAAUAAGUCAGUAGUCAACCCUUUGAUGAUGAUAAGCUCCAAGUCUGGUGCCGGUAUACAUAGCCUAAGAGCAGUGCUUUCAAAGAUUGCUCGAUUUGCUAAGCCAUGAAAUGUAAUAAUCGCAUUGUCCUCGUCUGGUGGAGAGGUAAAUGUGAUUGCCAACACCUUGCUAAAGGAGUCUGGUUUGCUGUGGAGUUGCAAGUCAGGUUCACCAGCAUGCAUCCCACCGUAACGGGUUCACAUGCAAGGAUGGCCAGAUGAUUGGAACAUACCACCUUCUGGGCAUGAGAUUAAUGUUCUGCUAGGAAAAAGGGAAAAGAAAAAAAAAAAAAAAAAAAAAAGACCAAUGGUCUUGUAUUCAUCAUACACACUUGGCCCAUUGGACAUGGGCCUUGAUUUUUGGACCCACCAUGCCCUGACCAGAUUAACGACCCAGAUCCUGCACAUUAUGUCAUGCAGCCAUGUGCACCACAAAUUGCCUCUUCAUUCUCCUUAUCCUAGAUCUCCUCAUUUGUCUAUUUUCUUACCUGAUGUAUGCAAUGUUUUACUCUUUCCGUCACUCUUGGAGCCUUUUGUUGGCUAGAAAUAUGCUCAGAAGUGUCAGGCCGUCGCCGGGGAGCAUUCAUACAUCCUCAGGUUAAAAGGGUUGUAUGACUUAAUGACGCUUUAUGCACAUGUAAAGAGUUCUGUCGUGCGACCCAGAUGCUUACGUGCGACCUGUGGCCCACACCUCCUAUUUGUUGAGGGUGGGCAGCAUGAACUAUUCUGAUUCAUGAUUUACAUUAACUUGCAUUAGAGGGUGGUUUAAUGAAUUUUUUAGUUUUUGACCCU